CUGUUUCUGUCUGUUUCCUCCACAGAUUUCAGAGUGCUUAAUGCCUUUAAUGUCUAUUGACUCAUACGCCCACCACUAAGGAGUUGGUUCCUCCUGCAACUCUCCCAUCCCUGUCCUGCUGCUGAGAAGUUUUGUCCUCUCAUAUUUCGACCCCAGUUCCAAUGGAGAACCUGAGUGAACUGCAGAACCCGUUGCUGGACAAAAACAGUAAGCAUAUGGUCAAUGGUUACGGAGGAGAAUUCCCCAAUAACCAAUACCAAGAAAACAUUAUUAACUACUUUGCUGGAGGAGGAGGAGGAGGCGGAGGAGGUGGAGGUGAUGGCGGUGGAGGAGGAGGAAAGGUAAAUAACGGGAAUCUAGUCAGUGGAGGAAGUAUCAGCACCAAUGGCAAGGUGAAAUCACAGCAAUUUCUGGAUGCCACCUCACUGCAUCUGGCAGUUGAGGCCUUCUACAGGCCUAACUUCAUCCUGUACAAAGAGGACAGCGGAAGUAUCAAGGCUAAGGAAUACAAAAAUGAGUGCUGUGAGACUACCUUUACCGAGAAGAAGGCAAAGGAGGUGUCCAACACAGCAGGGGGGGACACACCUGGUGCAGAGGACCCUCAGACCAAGCUGCUGGAGGACGGUGAACAUGUCAAGAUUCAAACUGUCUCUUACGAGGUGGAGGAGGAGGAGUAUGUGGAGUAUGAGACGGACUGCUCCAGUGACAGUGAGAGUGAAGAUAACUUCAUAGUUGUUCCACCACGAGACCACCUUGGCCUGGCCAUAUUCUCCAUGCUCUGUUGUUUCUGGCCUUUGGGGAUAGCAGCCUUUUACUUCUCACAGGGG